CUCCACGCCAACACCCUCGCUGCAAAGUAAAUACUUAAAGAAAAUCUCAUGAAUUCAUUGCCCAAAACAACCUUAGCUUAUGAAACCUCAGAAAGAACUAAGAAACCUUGCAAUGGCAGAAAAACCUAUGUUUCACUGUUUAUUUCUUCUAGCUUCACUACUGCUGUUUACCGCGGUGGCUACUAGCAACGCCACAACGGUGGUGAAGAACCUAGACCUAAAGAGGUUCAUGGGUAGAUGGUACGAAAUAGCGAGUUUCCCUUCAUUCUUUGAGAAGAGCGAUGCUGUGGACACUAGGGCCACAUACACACUCAAUGAUAAUGGAACAAUUCAUGUGCUCAAUGAGAAUUGGAUUGAUGGCAAGAGGAACUAUAUUGAAGGAAUUGCAUACAAGGCUGAUCCAAAUAGCGAUGAGGCCAAGCUUAAGGUCAAGUUCUAUGUGCCUCCCUCCUUUCCCAUAUUCCCUGUUAUUGGAGAUUACUGGGUUCUCUAUAUCGACCAGGAUUAUCAAUAUGCUGUCAUUGGUGGACCAACUAAGAUAUUUCUUUGGAUAUUAUCAAGGAAGAACCAUAUAGAUGAUGCAACCUACAAUGAGCUUGUUGAGAAAGCAAAGGAUGAAGGUUAUGAUGUGAGCAAACUCCAUAAGACUCCACAGAGUGAGACACCACCACCACCAGUGGAUGAAGGCGUUUUUAGUUUGGAUGAUCAAAUCCUUUCUGGGGAACUGAAAUAAACAUUAUGUUGUUGUAUUGGCAAAUAUACGAUCAUGUUCAGAACUAUCUUAUGAAUAAAUAAAGUGGUCAAUAAUGAAAGGUCUCUUACGUUUGGAUCUUAGUAA